AUGAGGGAGGACCCCGCGCUCGCGAGAGCCAUGGGCGUCGACGGCGCGACGCACGCGGGCGGCGGCGGUGGGAAUGCGGGGGGCGAGUGGAAGAAGGGGAAGGGCGACGGCUCGGGGGGCGCCCGGCGCGCCCGCCCCGCCACCGCCGUCUCCCUCGACAGGUUCGCGCGCGCCAAGAAGAGCACCUACGACAAGAGGGUCGUCCUCGACAAGCGCCGCGCCCUCAUGGCGGGCAAGGUGAACAAGUACCGCAAGGUGCAGGAGCGACUCAGGGACGAGAUCGAGAGGCCGGAGGGGUUCGACCCUGAGGAGUACGCGCGACGCCUGGCGUCGCAGGAGGCGUCGCUUCCGACGGAGACCAACGCGGAUAUCCUCGCGAUGGCCAAGCGGCGCAAGGGGAAAGGCUGGGUCAUCUCGCCGCCCGCGGCGCGGGAGGCCGCCCCGGACGAUGGGCAAUCGGGCGAGGGCGCCGACGACGACACAGCUGGCGAGCCAUCCGACGACGUGAAGCGAAUGCUUCGACGGAUGGAGGCGAACGGCGACGGCGAGGACGGGGACGGAUCCGACGACGACGAGUUCGCGGGAAACAUCGUGGACGGCCAUCGACGAAAGGGGAAACUCGGCGAGGGCGCCAAGGGCGUGAAGGGCGGCAAGGGUUGGAACAAGACCGUCGCGGCCAAAAUCAAGGCUGACAAGGAGCGGGAGGAGAAGAAGGCCGAGAUGAAGGUGCUGCGCGCGAAGUGGGCGGAGGAGGACGCCCAGCGCAAGAGGUUCUUCGAGAAGCGGAACGAGGGCAGGGAUAAGUUCAGGAAGAAGACGCGGCGGGGGCAACCGGUGAUGAAGCAUCGCAUGGACGCGAUCCUCGAGAAGCUCCAGGCCGGGUCGUGA